AUGAGCAAUCCACAAGAGGAAGAAAUAAUAUAUAACGCACAACCAGCAGAUAUCAAUCUCACACCUUUGGACAAGCCAGGUGUAAUCCGUGUUGGAGAUCCCUAUAUCAUGCCUUUAGAUCAUCCAAUGCCUGUUGUUGUUUCAUCCAAUAAUGAUGAAGAAUACCAAGUUCCAAAGAUGAAGAUUGGUUUCGGUCCCGAAGUCCAGCAAGGCAACCCACAAUAA